AUCUGAAUUGAUGCUGAUUUCCUGAUGAUGAGUCAGAAGACAUGACCAUGUGAACUCUCAUAUGGAUAUGUCUGUAACUUAAUCAAAACCAUUCUCAAAACAAAUGCCUCGGCACCACUCAUUCUGAACUUCAAUGAUUUCCCCAGCUUCACAAAAGCACCUAUAUAUAUCUCAACUACCAUAUCUGCAAGAUGUCGAGCACUACAUUUCUCAAGUAAUUCUUAGAAAAUACUUUACUUUCUUCUGCCCCAAACCAGCUAUCCACAUUCGUCUUCUAAAAUGGCCAUCCGUCUGUCAGGUGUUUCUCAUGCUAAGCGGGUUCUUCGGCGUUCACUUUCAAUCGGUAGAGAAGGAACAUCAUCAAAACCUCCAAAAGGCCAACUUGCAGUUUACAUUGGAGAGGAAGAGAAGAAGAAAUGCAUGGUGCCAAUAUCAUACCUGAACCAGCCUUUGUUUCAGGACUUGCUUAGCAGAGCCGAGGAGGAAUUCGGGUAUAAUCAUCCCAUGGGUGGACUCACUAUUCCCUGCACAGAGGAGACAUUCCGUGAUCUCAUUUCUCAGUUGAGUGAGUUGUGAGAAGAGAGAAGUUGAAACAAGCUAAAACAAUUUUGUACAUUGGAUCCAGAAAAUCACCCACCGUACAGUUCUUGUAAUUCUUUAAUUUUUGUACUAAUACAGUCUCUCAAAUGAAAUCAUGACCCGUUUCGAACUA